CAGCCCCUGGCCCGGCAGCCCGGCAGCGGAGGACACAUCCAGGCUUCCAGGUGCUGCAGCCCGCUGUUACAGUGGACUUAACAUCGCCUUACUUUGUGGACAUGGGAGACAUGGGGGAUCCGCCGAAAAAGAAACGGCUAGUGUCUCUGUGCGUGGGCUGCGGGAACCAGAUCCAUGACCAGUACAUCCUGCGGGUUUCCCCGGACCUGGAGUGGCACGCCGCCUGUCUCAAAUGUGCCGAGUGCAGCCAGUACCUGGACGAGUCUUGCACGUGCUUCGUCAGGGACGGAAAGACUUACUGUAAACGGGAUUAUAUCAGGUUAUACGGGAUUAAAUGUGCUAAAUGUAACAUCGGCUUCAGCAAGAACGACUUUGUGAUGAGGGCCCGCUCCAAAGUCUACCACAUCGAGUGUUUUCGCUGCGUGGCCUGCAGUCGGCAGCUCAUCCCGGGGGACGAGUUCGCUUUGCGGGAUGACGGGCUCUUCUGUCGGGCCGACCACGACGUGGUAGAACGGGCCAGUCUGGGCGCCGGAGACCCGCUCAGCCCGCUGCACCCUGCCAGACCGCUACAGAUGGCAGCAGAGCCAAUCUCUGCACGGCAACCCGCGCUGCGACCUCACGUACACAAACAGCCGGAGAAGACCACCCGCGUCCGGACGGUGCUGAACGAGAAGCAGCUGCACACGCUGCGGACCUGCUACAACGCCAACCCGAGGCCCGACGCCCUAAUGAAGGAGCAGCUGGUGGAGAUGACCGGCCUCAGCCCGCGGGUCAUCCGGGUCUGGUUCCAGAACAAGCGGUGUAAAGACAAGAAGAGGAGCAUACUGAUGAAGCAGCUGCAGCAGCAGCAGCCCAAUGACAAGACGAACAUCCAGGGAAUGACGGGCACCCCGAUGGUGGCAGCGAGUCCGGAGCGGCACGACGGCGGCAUCCAGGCCAACCCAGUGGAGGUGCAGAGCUACCAGCCUCCCUGGAAGGUCCUCAGCGACUUCGCCUUGCAGAGCGACAUCGACCAGCCGGCCUUCCAACAACUGGUCAGCUUCUCGGAGGGGGGACCGGGUUCGAACUCGACGGGCAGCGAGGUAGCGUCGAUGUCGUCUCAGCUUCCAGACACGCCGAACAGCAUGGUAUCCAGCCCCAUCGAGGCCUGAGCCGAUGCGGCAUGGCCGGACUGUACUGAACACACAGCCCCUGUUCAUCCUACCCCCGCCCCCGCCCCCGACUGCACCAAACAACCCCCUUGGUUGUAUUUUGACACUGUGAAGACAAUCAUGGGAUUUAACCACAGCCACCCAUUAUAAUGUCCACCCAGGAUCGACACACGUAUGCGUCAUCAUGGCCGGAGCUGCACGUUCACGCCUGGUUACAGUUGCCAAAACGAGAAGACAUGAUAAAUGGGACUGCUGAGUAGGAGAGAAAUCUGAAUCCUGUACUUGCAAAAUGCUGUGCCCUACUUUGACAAGAAAACAAUGACUGACUGGUGAUUUUUUAAUUCGAUACAUGCGCCUCAUCAUGUAGACUAUUUGCAGGGGAAUAGCACUGUUUUUCUCCAUUUAAUUACACCAUUUCCUUCAUGAUCUAAGUACUAAAGCAUUUGCAACAAGGUAUACCUCUAUUUUGCCACAAGCUUCGUGGGACAUUUGUGUGAGUUAGUGUCCGUCCGAGAUUUUGUUUUUCCCCAAAGAUGUGUAUAAUUAAUAAUAAGUUAAAAAUACCGUUAGCUCUGGAAGAAAAUGUUUUGUUUGUUCCCGUGCAACAAAAAUUAUUUAUUAUUUAUUGUCGAAAAAAUUGCCACCUUUUGUGUAACUUUCUUUACUUAAGU